AUGCGUGGUGACAAAGAGAUUGACGAAGUAAUUGACAUUAGUACCAAGUUAUUUGAAUUAAUUCCAAAAACUGUCGGUACGUUAACUUUCGAUGAAAAUGAACAUCUUAUUGAUACUUCUGGUGUCGGUAGGGAAUUAAAAAAGACACAUAUUCAAGAUAUCUUCAAAAAGGCAAAUGAAGGUCUGGGUAAGGUUGGUUACUUUACCUUUUAUGAUGAUCAUCAUGGAUUAACCCAUGUAUUCAAGCGUCAUGACGGUAAGACUACAGUUAUUUAUACCGACGACAAAAAGGAAGAAUAA